GAUUUUGAUAUGAUUAGUGAUAUUUCUACUAAUAUACUCAGUGGAAUAUAUGAAGGAAUUUGGAUUGAUGGACCAAGGUUAGCCUACAAUGAGGAAGAAGAUAUGUGGGUACGUGAUGGGCCGACGAAGGUUUUUUUGAAAAAGUUUGAUGUUUCUCAAGAAUUCUUGAAUCAGCUCGAAAAUCACUUUGAUCUCUUACUAGGCGGUCCAUUAGCAGAUUAUUGGGGAAUUACGAAAGACAAUACUGGCAAUUUCAUGUUUGUCAUGAAACAUUAUAGUGCUGGCAAUCUAUAUGAAUUUCUUGACAAUAAAGGAAAAAUUAUUUG